AUUAUUAUUAUUAUUAUUUUGAACAGCUUAUAUUUUAUUUAGGAAUGUUAAUUUACAUCUAUUAACGGGAAUCUCCGAGAGAAUUAUCUAUCCGUGACUUCAAAUAUCGAGAUUUUCCCUCCAUGAAAACAAAAAUGGGGGGAAAUUUUUUCUUCGAGUACACUUGAAAACAGAAAUCGACGAAAUACCACCACUCUGCAGAUUCUUCCUCGAACCCAACCAAAUUUCUCAUAUUUUACUUUAAGAGUGAGAGUUCAUGAAAUCUUGAAUCAUUUUCACUUUUCAAUACUUUUCUUCUCUCUUGGUUCUCAAAUGAGUGGUGAGAGAGAAAGCUGCAACUCUCGACACUUGACAUGGCUCAUCAAAUCUUGCUUCCCAGAUCCUCCUAAUCAUACCACAACAAAACUCACUACUUCUUCUUCACAUUCAAAAACGCAACCCCACCCUACUUCCCCUACACACCCCACCACCAUAUCCUCCCUCCCAGACGACAUCGUUUUAAAUUUCCUCUCUCGUCUCCCACCCUCUUCCCUCUCUUCUCUUUCCUUCGUCUGCCGUCGCUGGUCCCUCCUCCUUCAUUCCCCUCAUUUCUCCGACCUCCGCCGCAACCUCAAUCUCCUCCGCCACACACUCCUUUCCCUCACCGCCACCGAUUUCGGAUUCUCAUUCUCCACUUUUUCGAAUUCGAAUUCAAACCCUUCUCUUUCCCUCCCUUACUACGACGCCGUUUCACUCUUAUCACAAGCGCGCGUCGCUUCAAUCGGUCCAAGGAUUUUCAUCGUCGGUAGAAAUGCUACUGUCAAGUACGACACAUGGACAGAAACAGUGUCUCCUUGCUCCGCCAUGAUUUUUCCGCGAAAAAAAUUCGCGGUCGCCGCCGUAGCCGGAAAAAUCUACAUCGCCGGAGGAGGUUCGAGGACGGAUACGGUUGAGGAGUAUGAUCCUUUGACAAAUACGUGGAGCGUGAUUGCUCACGCGCCGAGGAGGAGGUACGGUUGCAUUGGUGCUUCAUCUGACGGAGUGUUUUAUGUGAUUGGUGGAUUGAGAAUUGGCGCGUCGGAGAAAAAUGAAUUCUCCUCACGCGCUAAUUUGGGAGCUGAGGUUUAUGCAAGUUCAAUGGAUUUGUUUGAGGUGGAGGGACGUACGUGGCUUAAGAGUCGGACUGUGCCUGGUGGUGGUUGUGUGGUGGCCGGGUGUGCGGCGGCGGGAAAAGUGUACGUGCUGACUAGUCAUACGGUAGAGGUUUCCUUUUGGAGUUUUGAUGCUAAAAGGAAAUGCGGUGGUGGUGGUGGUCGUGAUGGCGGUGGAGCAUUUGGAGAGUGGGUUAAGUUAGAGAGUCCGCGGUUUCUGGCUCAAGUUAGGGUAGACUCAAGAAUAAGGUUUAGCUGUGUGGGAAUGGGAGAUAAGGUUGUUUUGAUUCAAGUUGGUGGGCGUGUUUUAAAUGAAGAGAGGAGGAGGGGGUCCUCAAGAGAAGGGUUUGUUUUGGUGUAUGAUUGUGUGAGUGGAGAGUGGGAAAGAGGGGAUGAUUUGCCGGAGAUUUAUCGACGCGCCGCUUAUGUGAGUGUGGAAUGUUGAAAGUGGAAUUUCAUUAGUAUUACUAGACGAAUGAGUGAGAUUAGCGGGAAUUGGAUCCUCUUCGGCCACUGAAUGAUCCUGUUUGAUAUCAGCCAUUGAUUUUAAUUAAAUAUUAGCAGCCAACACUAUAGUAUUAUUGAUGGACGGUUCAGAUCUACACAGGACAUAAAAUUUGAGAGAAAGGACAAGAGAGGAUCCGGAUCCGAGAUUAGUGUCGGAUAAGAAGCAUUAGAGAAAUGGUUGGAGAAAAUUUAGAUCUAUAGGGUGACCAGCAGACAAUGCUCCGUGAAAGAAAGAAAAGUCAUUGGGAUAGGGGUAAUCUAAGGUUGGGGUCCCUUUCUUUGCAAGAAAGAGAUUAAUUAUUGGUUAGUUAAUCUUUGGAAACGCUGUCAUUGGCUUGUUUUGUCUUCUUUGUAUUUUUUGUCUUCUGUGAAAAAUGAUUCUGUCUUUCUUUAUUGA